UCGACCAGUGGGAGGAAGUGAGUUUAGAAGUCCAAACUGACGACAUGCUGAUAUGAGCUCAUACCUGGUGGGAUGACACCAUGGCCAGAUGCCAAGUGGAAGAUGGAGAGCGACAGAAAAGCAUCAAGAGGUAGAAUAAUCUGCAUAAUCUCUCUCUCUCUCUGUCUCUGUCUCUGUCUCUCGUCACCUCGCAGGAUUAAUCGUUGCUCCUCUGAUUUUGGAGAAUAACGCGUCACAUGAUGGACUACACUCUGGCCAUUCUGCUUUCCCUGCUGCAACUUUUGAGCAUGUGCACAGCUGCUCCACUGCCGGUGGAGGUGAAAUCCAAAGUGAAGAGACUGGCAGAGCAGCUGGUGGUCAGACUGGACAAAGACUUCCAGUUCCCUGCAGGCCGGACACUCAGUCCAGCUACUGCUGAAGACCUGGACGGACUGCCCUCCAUCUUGAUGGUCUUGAACGGUUACAACAGCCUGAUCUCCGACAGCCUCAGCGGCGUCCACCAGAUCAAGAGUGACAUCUCAUCGCUGACAGGUUUCCUGGAUCAGUGGAGGCAGGACCACUGCAGCGGGCAGCAGCCCAAACCCUCGGUGCCGGAGGCGCUGCAGAGGCUCCAGAGUCAGAAGGAGUUCAUUCACACGGUGAGCUUUGAAGCUCUCAUGAGAGUGAAGGAGUUCCUCAAACUGCUGCUAAAGAAGCUGGAACAUCUUGAGUCUUGCUGAGAGAAAAAAAAAAAGAACAACCAACAACACUCUGAGUCAUAUUUAUACGCCGUCAGGCCUCAUGUUUUGGACAAGUCUUGCAUCAGUGAUGUCACACUUGCCAUUGCCUCCUGGCCAUGUUGGACUUUUCUCCACUGAAGGAAAUGUGCUCUUUAAUAUGCACUUAUUUAUAUACUUUAUGUAUUUAUUUGCCUACUUGAUUCAGAAAACACGUAUUUUGUACCAAAGUAUUGUCUUUCCAUCGGCACGUCUCGCUGUAGAAGGUCUUACCACAGGUUUAAGCAUAAGCAUGAGACCGUGUGGAGAAUUGUACACGCUAAAGAAAUCUAGAUAUUUUCCGAUAUAUUUACAUAUCUAAAUAGUGUUGAGCUUAAAUUAUUUGGGUUUAUUUUUGAAGUUGAGGUUUGAUCAUCAAAUGCACUGUUCGAAGUUUUAAAAAACCAAAGUCAUUAAACUGGUUUACUUGUUAAGUUCAAGUUCAGUAUCACCACUUAGUUUAACUAUAGUGUUAUAUUUGUAUCAAUAAUAGUCCAGUACCGGCUACUCUGAGGUGGU